GUCCCUUUCACUAAUGUUGCUGUAGUACCGAUGGAUUGUAGCACAGAUGCCAGCAUGGAACUGCGAAGAGCCUCUAGUCCUCACAAGAUGAACAAGAGCGAUAUGGAUGCAGACAAGUCCGUGUUGCACAGCUGCUGCAUAUGCGGCAAAAGUUUUCCUUUCCAGAGCUCCCUGUCACAGCACAUGAGGAAACACACAGGGGAGAAACCGUACAAGUGCCCUUACUGCGACCACAGAGCUUCUCAAAAGGGCAAUUUGAAGAUACACAUCCGGAGUCACAGGACAGGCACUAUUAGUCAGGGCCACGAGGCGGAGGCGGGAGGAGAGGCGCAACUGGGAGAGAUGCGAGUCUCAGAAGGUCUCGACGGUUGCACCAGCCCUACCAAAAGCACCUCUGCCUGCAACAAGAUCUUGAAUGGUGCAGCUCCGACGGAAGGUGGCAAGAUCUUGCUUCGGAGCAGCAGGAAAGAGACGGUGGCAGAAGCACCCUCUGGGGAAGAUGUUAAGCUGUGUCCUGCCCAGUGCACCUUCUGCAAAAACAAAUUUGAAGGGAAGAAAGAAUUGGAACAGCACAUUCAUCAGAUCCACAAACCUUUCAAAUGUAAGCUGUGCAAUUAUAUGACGUUGAGAGAGGAAACGCUGUUAAACCACAUCGAGAGAGACCACAUUACCACUCAGAUCCCAAACGGGGAAACUUGUGCUGAGAACGGCAAGAGUGAGUCAAGUGGAGGGGAGUUUCCUUGCGAAGUCUGUGGACAGGCCUUUACUCAGACUUGGUUCCUCAAAGCUCACAUGAAAAAGCAUAGAGGGUCAUUUGACCAUGGGUGCCAUAUAUGUGGCAGAAGGUUUAAAGAACCCUGGUUCCUCAAAAACCACAUGAAAUCACACGGCCCCAAGUCCGGGAGCAAAAACAAGCCAAAAAACGAUUUGGAGCCGAUAGCCACUAUUAAUGACGUUGUUCAGGAGGAAACCAUUGUGACUGGCUUGACUCUGUAUGAAAUUUGCACCAAGUGUGGAAACUUGUUUACAAAUAUGGAAAGCCUAAAAGCACAUAAUUCUGUACACUGCAGGUCUUCUAGAGCCCGUAGUGAACACAGAGCGGAGAGUCUAGUUGAUGGAGAUUUUGACCCAACUAUAGCGAAGCAGUUUUUCUUCCAAUACCUGAAAUUGCAGCCAUCUGCAGAGGUAGAUGGUUUUGCAGGGGGGCGGUCAGGAAAAAGAGUUGCUGAGCUGGAUCCGGUUAAUAGCUACCAGGCUUGGCACUUGGCUACCAAAGGAAAAGUCGCAGAGCCUUCCGAAUAUGUGAAGUAUUUGGGAUGGGAUGAAGUCCUGGCAGAUGCUGACGUCACUUAUGACAAGGAUAAAAGGGAAUAUAUUCUUGUCAGUCAGGAGAAGCGCAAACUAGAGCAUGACUCGCCCAGCUCUUCAGCCAAUCCGAAAAAGAAAAACUGUAGCAGUGGGCGUUCCGAGAAAAGCAACAGUUCGCAGUCAGGGGACAACUCUCUCCUAGGUCAAGACGACCUAGAGUAUAGACCUUCUUCACGUCAGAGCCGACGGGUAUCCCAGAACAAGUCCACCGAGUGUUUUGAGUGUGGCAAGAUCUUCCGCACUUACCACCAAAUGGUGCUUCAUUCCCGCGUGCACAGGAAGGAGCGCAGAAGCUGCACUGAAGGCAGGGCUGUAAUUCGGCAAGACCGGUAUGGAUCAAACAGCGAGGACGGAGACUCUGGUUCAGUAAGUGGUCCAAGCACACCCAGUUCAGCUUCUGCCCCGGAAGAUUCGGUCACCUCUGGCUUGGGGGAAGAGGGGCCCGAGGAUAGUUCGGAGGAAGGAGCAAACGAGCCAUCACCAUGUAAAAAACCAUACCUCUGCAGUUUAUCUGAAGAAAAUGCAUCGGUGGCAGCCCUACAGCUUAAGAACGGAAGAAACCACGCACGAGAAAACUAUCCCGGUGAAUCUAAACCAGAGUUGACAACUGGGCCGUCUAUCCCAGAAAACAAGAUCAAAGAACUCUUCCCAAAAUAUAUGGAUCACAACAUUUCCCCAGACCCAGGGAAAUCCAUGUUUCAGUACAGCCAAGAUCUACCUUGCUCCAGUAGAACUGUUGAUUUUACUUCCAGUAUGGGCCAACUGAGUUCUGAUAUGAGGUCAGAUUUGCAAGCCCCACUGGAAAUGCAGACUUUCUCUAAAGAGACCCCUCCAGAUAUGCAUGAACACUCUGUGCUCAGUAAAGAUCCAGAUGUGCAAGAGAAGAUUCCAUUAGAUCUAAGUGAGAAGUCAACUAGGGCUGACUCAUGUGAUACGAGUUUUACCUCAACCUUGCAGGCUGCUUUAAUUGUCCAUCCGUGCCCUUACUGUAGUCAUAAGACCUAUUACCCAGAAGUCCUGUGGAUGCAUAAAAGAAUUUGGCACAAGGUCAGUUGUAAUUCCGUGGCUCCUCCUUGGGUUCUGCAAAAUGGAUUCAAGAGUAUAAAAAACAACUUGGUUUUUCUGGCGAGAAGUGGUCGCACCGGUCCCCCUCCUGCUCUCGGUGGUAAAGAAUGCCAGCCUUUGCCCAUAGCCAGAUUUACACGUACUCAGGUACCAAGUGGGUUGUCAGGAUCCAAAAAUAAUUCUUCUGGACUUGGUGCAACUACUAAGCCGGCAACGAUGCCUAAAGAUGUCCCUUCCAUUGGUAACUGUGGCCCACGGUCAUCCAGCGUUGAUGGGUACAGGCAGUCAAAACUGAACCACACCCAUGAAAAGUAUAGCACAGUUGCCCAGCCAUCCCAGCUGAAAGGGAAAUACGAAGUGAAUUCCAAGUUGAUGCCAGCAGGAAGCUUUAACAGAAAUUCAACACCUCCCCAGACAAUUGUAUCUAGACCCAACCCACAGCCCUCCAACAGUAAGCAAGCAGAGAAAUACACGGUUCCCCAAGUAAGUGCUGGGUUUCCCCCUUUGAGCAAGCAUUGCACUUCAGACCCAGGGAAGGCCAAAUUUGUCUCCCCGCCUCCGUUCCACCCUCCAUGUAAGACUGAGCCAUACGUCGCUCAAGAAGAUCCACCAGUGCCUCAGCAGGAACCUGUCCCCAGAAGAGAGAACGAGAUGAGGGCCUUGGCCAAUUGCACAGCAGGCACCCGAGCCAGUCCCCUGAUGCAGCCUCAGCCCCAUACGGCAGGACCGCCUCCAGUGGUGCAUUCCAUCAAACAGGAGCCACCAUCAGAGGGGCACGAAAAGCGGCUGGACAUUUUAAACAUCUUUAAGACCUACAUUCCAAAGGACCUUGCUUCUCUCUACCAAACAUGGGGUGCCAAUAGCCCUGUAGUGGACCAUGCUGGGAUGCUUAGGACACAAACACGACAAGGAGACUAUGUCUGCGUGGAGUGUGGGAAGGGCUUUUCCCAACCCAGUCACCUCAGGACUCACAUGAGAUCUCACACAGGCGAGAGACCAUUCCAAUGCAGAUAUUGUCCAUACAGUGCCUCUCAGAAAGGAAACCUAAAAACACAUGUCCAGUGUGUGCACCGGGUACCCUUUGACAACAGCCAGUACCCCGACCGACGCUUCCAGCAGCCUCCAAAUCAUUAUUCCGUCAACCCUACGGAAGAACAGCUGGAAAAUCUUCUUGCAAACUAUCCAGUCCCCGGAGCGGCUGUGCUAUAGCGAGAGACCCGCGCUUUGCUCGAAGAGCGGCGCCGUCGAACUGUUAAUCAUUUUUAAAACAAAUGAAGAAGCUACACAAGAUAUAUACAAAUUGACGUACUAAUCAGUCCCCCUGGUUCCUUCUUUCCUUUAUAAUAAACAGUGGAGCUGGCGAGCACCCUGGCGGCACAAGGCAUCUAUAUUAAUCAAGAUAACUUUUUUAGACACUGGAAAAAUUAAACUUUAUAUGAUUUGGAGAGCAGCGCUGCAACCAAAUCCUCCCUUAUGGUUGUGAUGGCUUGUUUGAUAUGUAUGU